UAAGGGAUGUUAUUUCAUUUGCUGCUAACAGGGACUGAUUUAUUUUUUUCAUCUUCAGACAAAUUUUGCCUGAGGUGGUGAUAAGAAUAUUACACUUAACAAAGGCCUACAGGCAAGUAUAGAAAGUCUCUGUAAUACAGCAGUUUAUUGAAUAAAUGGUACAAAAAGGCUUUGGAAAGGAAUUGUAUUUGGUAAAUAAAACCUGAGGGUCCCCUGGGGCCCUGUGGUUCCUCUUAAAGUAGUGGAAUGUUAACUUAAUCUCUUCCCAUUGGUCAGGGAUGUUUGUCCAGAUGUCUAGCUUUUCCAUAAAAGAUAAGUAUUACCAGACUUAACAUGCAUUUGAGAGAGAGAAGUGCUAGCAAAGAAGAACACGAUAGAAAAAUGACACUAACUAUUGAUUUGGUUAUACUAUUUUUAUGCCUUGGAGUUCCAUAUCCUGGCGUGACUGGAAUUUUUAUGGACAAACUUGCCAGCAAAAAGCUCUGUGCUGAUGAGGAGUGUGUUUACACUAUUUCCCUUGCCAGAGCAGAAGAUGAUUACAACGCACCAGACUGCAGGUUUAUUAAUAUUAAAAAAGGGCAGUUGAUUUAUGUUUAUUCAAAACUAGUGAAAGAGAGAGAAGCUGGAGAGUUCUGGGCUGGAAGUGUGUAUGGUGAGCAGUAUGAAGACCAGAUGGGAACCGUUGGCUACUUCCCUAGCAAUUUAGUCUCGGAGCAGCAUGUUUAUCAAGAAGCUAAUAAGACAAUCCCUACAACGGCCAUUGACUUCUUCUGUGAAUAGUACUGGUAUGUGGCUGGGUCAUCACCAGGCGGAUACCAAGAGACUCUGAUGGAUAUAAACCUGAAAACCCAUGGCUGACUACUCCGAAUUCUUUCUUUCUUUCUUGUUUGUAAAAGAAUACGUUUAUUUCUAAAUAAGAAUUUGUUGAAAGGGAGUGAUUGCUGGAGGAAAAAGUUUAAAACCUUAGAUAUAAAACACAUGCCAUAUGCUUCAAAAGUCUUUGUACCUGAAAUUACUUUGUUAUAUUCAUUGGUAAGUUAGCAUGCUUUAAACUACUGCAUUGUCAUAUUCAAAGUUAUCUAAUAUUUGAGCUAAGACUUUCAGUAUCUUAUGUCGCAUUUAUU